GAGUGGGCAAACCGUAGGGGUACCAGCAGACUGUCAGUGCAGUCCUCCUCCAAAGUCAGUAUGGGAUGCUGAGCGAGAGGAGCGGUUUCACAAGUUGAAAAGGUUGAAGAGCUCAGAUUGAUCUUCCCAGGAACUGAGGUGUUUUCUCAAGGCCCUGACGAUGCCGUCUAAUAAGUCUGUCUCGGAUGCGCCAAUCUUCCAGUUCAUUAACUGCAGGAUUCUGAGGAGUCACCAGCUGCAAAGGGAGGAUCUGUGGGUGCGAGAGGGGAAGAUCCUCAACCCAGAAAAGCUGUUCUUUGAUGAGAAGGGAUCUGCUGAUAUUCAGCUGGAUUGUAAGGACAGCAUCAUCGCCCCCGGAUUCAUUGAUGUGCAGAUUAAUGGGGGCUUUGGGGUGGAUUUCUCCUUGGCUGCGGAUGAUGUCCAAUCAGGGAUCUCUCUGGUGAGUCAGAAGAUUCUCUCCCAUGGCGUGACUUCCUUCUGCCCAACCCUGGUGACCUCCCCGCCAUCCGUCUAUCACAAGGUUCUUCCUCAGAUCAGCGUAAGAAAUGGAGGGCCUCAUGGAGCUGGUAUCCUGGGGGCCCAUCUGGAGGGGCCUUUCAUAAGCAAAGAGAAGAAGGGGGCGCACCCAGAGCACUACCUCAGCACCUUUGAAUCGGGAGCUUUCCAGGACCUGCUUGCCACCUACAGGCACCUGGACUGCGUCCGGAUUGUCACCCUGGCCCCUGAGAUGAAGAGGAGCAGUGAGGUGAUCCAGGAACUCACCAGACGGGGCAUCUGUGUCUCGCUGGGACAUUCUGUGGCUAAUCUGUCUCAGGCAGAGGAAGCUGUCCGACAUGGUGCUACUUUUAUCACCCAUCUCUUCAAUGCCAUGUUACCUUUCCACCAUCGCGAUCCUGGGAUUGUGGGGCUGCUGACGAGUUUCCAGAUUCCUGCCAGGCGGAGGGUGUUCUAUGGCAUGAUAUCAGAUGGGAUCCACACCAACCCUGCGGCUCUGAGAAUUGCGCAUCGAGCGCACCCCAAAGGCCUGGUGCUGGUGACAGACGCCAUUGCUGGAAUGGGGCUGGCCCCAGGGAGGCACACCCUGGGCCAGCAGGUGAUCGAGGUGGACGGGCUGAACACAUACAUUGCAGGGACGAAGACCCUGAGUGGCAGCGUAGCAACCAUGGACUCCUGUGUUCGGCACUUCCUGGAAGCCACAGGAUGCACUGUGGAGACAGCCCUGGAGGCAGCAUCCCUCCAUCCUGCCCAGCUCCUGGGAAUUGAGCACCGAAAGGGGACCCUGAACUAUGACAACGAUGCAGAUUUCCUGCUGCUGGACAACAGCUUACAGGUGCGAGCCACGUACAUCGCAGGUGAACGGGUCUGGAGUCAGGACACCUUCACUAUAUGAAACCAGAGACUCACCUGGGACUGGCAGCACUCCCCCAACCCUGGUGCCAACUACUAGCUCCCCCAAGCGUCAUGCUCAGUGGUCGCUGGCAGCCGCAUUGUCCUCUCCCUCUCAAAGAACGCUUUUUUAAGACCUUGGUGUUUCUUCCUCCUGGGUCACCCUUGAAAGUACCAAAGAACUGCGUGUUCCAGAGCAGCCCUUGCUUUCAGUUGCCAGCCCUGCCUGCAAUGAGUUUGUCAGCUCUCUGCUAGACAAGAGGUAAAAGAGUGGGUGGAGCUCUGCUGCUGGGAUCACUCUACGAUGGAGCCACCUGAAGGAUGAGGUGCCUGUCUGUCUCUGUCCUCUCUCUUGAGCACUGGAUUUGAGCCCUGCUGUAGAGGAAAGGGAAGCUGCUCCAUGCGCUGUUCUGUGUCGAUAUGUGCCCACAUAGGCCUAUGUGCAUCUCUCUCUCUCUCUCUCACUCACACACACACACACCUCACUUCCCAGAAUAGGCCUCUUAAUGCCAGAGUGUCGACUUCCCAAUGUUCAUCUGCCCAUUUUCUAGAGAAAUCCCAGUGGCCUUGAAGCAGCUUUGCUGACAGCCUGCAAUCUGGCUGGGAGCCUGGGGAGGGGGCGAUGUCUCUACCUGGCACUGUCAGCGAAGGGCCGUGAGUUCAUGUCACACCCCUGAUCUCCUGUACCCCGAAGCAGAGUACUCACCACCUCGCUAAGGCCAUGGGCAGCCCUAGUGCCUUGUGUUGCUCCCUGGGAUGAGACCCUCACCACCAACUUUCCUCCUGGGCUGAAUCCUCAGGGCUGUGUACAAACCCAUGAAAAGCAGGAGCUGCUGGUUCCUUGUGCUGUCUUGCUGCGUGGGCAGUGAUUUUGUCUGCUGGGUGCAUGGACUUCAUUCUGCAACAGAAAGCAAUGUUGUUCUUGAACUAUAUACACAUGCAAAGUGGGUCUUACAGGCUCUAGUAUAUAUUCCCAUCUCUAUUAAACUAAUAUGGUUGGAGAGCUUCCCGAGGACGCUAC